CAUACAAAUUUGAAUAUACAUAUUACAAUUCUACCGAUUUCAUCCUCUUUUUGUUUUAGGGUAUUCAAACAAGGAACAAAUGCUCUUCAUUUUUCCUUGAAAAAUGAAAUAUUGUAGCUUCAGUAAUAAACAAUUCGAUUCUGAAGUAGUUGUUUCUAAUCAGUGAUUAUAUUCAGUCCAUUCGAGGAUUUGGCAACAACAUAUUGCUUGGAGCUAUGGCAGCUUCAUUGGCUUCUCCACAAUUUCUUGAGGGGCAUGCCACUAUGGAUCAAAUUAGCUUGACGAGGAAAUACCCUAAGGCCUUUUCAAGUUCGAGCAGGCAUUCCUUUUAUGUCCAAUCUUCUUAUAACCAGCAAGUUGGUCAUCUGUCGUACAAAAUAAACAACAGAAAGAAUCAUUCCUCAUUUAUCCCAGGGAGUAGCUCUGGGGGCAUAGCAUUUUUAACUCCAUAUGUUUUUGGUAGGAGAGGUAGUUAUAGUUGCCGACGCCUUAAAAAGGUCCAGAAGGAAAAAUUCAAGAUAUGUGCUCAAUAUGAUGUCGCCAGUGCUGUUGAUGUCAUUAAUGAUUUAGGAUUCGACACUUUAACGUUCCUGGGCGUGACUGUUCUGAUUGUUCCUGCAUUCAAGCUCAUUAAAUCUAGCCCCAUUCUUGGUUUCUUUUUUGCUGGAGUUGUGUUGAAUCAGUUUGGCUUAAUUAGAAACCUCACAGAUGUCAAGGUUCUUUCAGAAUGGGGAAUUCUUUUCCUGCUAUUUGAGAUGGGUUUGGAGCUUUCGUUUGCAAGGUUAAAAGCCCUUGCGAAAUUUGCCUUUGGGAUGGGAUUGUCGCAGGUUGUCCUGUCUACCCUUGCUUUUACAUCAUUUGAACUUCCACCAAAUGGGGCUAUUGGAACACAAAUUUUACAGUUUCUAUUCCACUCGAGAUCGGAUCUGGUCAAUAUCAGAACAAUCGAUGAAGCUAUAGUGAUUGGGGCUGCUCUCUCAUUGUCGUCUUCUGCUUUCGUGCUUCAGCUUCUUGCAGAAAGAGGUGAGCUCCCAACAAGAUUCGGCUCAGCAACUCUGGGAAUACUUUUGCUGCAGGAUAUAGCUGUUGUUCCUCUCUUAGUCAUCCUUCCAGUGCUAGAGACUCAGAAUCUGGUAGGGGAAAGCAUUUUGCCGCAGCUUGCUGCUGAAAGCUUGAAAGCUUUACUAGGACUUGGUUUGCUUUCUCUUGGAGGGAAAUUAGUUCUCCGGCGUAUAUUUGAAGUGGUUGCAGAAACAAGGAGCUCAGAAGCUUUUGUUGCUCUCUGUUUGCUUACAGUGGCUGGGACUUCACUUCUUACCCAAAAGUUGGGCUUCAGUGACACGCUAGGAGCCUUUUUGGCUGGGGCACUUCUAGCAGAGACAAAUUUUAGGACGCAGAUUGAAGCUGAUAUAAGACCUUUUAGAGGGUUACUUCUUGGGUUGUUUUUUGUGACAACAGGGACGUCCAUUGACACGCAGGUUCUGAUCCGAGAAUGGCCAAAUAUACUUUCGCUCUUGGCAGGUCUGAUCGCCAUCAAGACAUUCAUUAUAACAGCGCUUGGCCCCCGUUUCGGACUAACUUGGCAAGAAAGUAUUCGGACAGGAUUACUUCUUUCCCAAGGGGGAGAGUUUGGAUUUGUGGUAUUCUCGCUGGCAAAUAGGCUUGGAGUACUGCCGCUUGAGCUGAACAAAUUGCUCAUAAUUGUCGUUGUCUUGUCAAUGGCGUUAACUCCCCUGCUCAAUGAUCUUGGAAGGAAAGCUUCUGAUUUCCUUGAUGAGAAGCUUGACGCGAAGGAUAAAGUUGCUGAAGUGGACUUCAAUGUUACUGAACCUGUCGUAAUUUUAGGAUUUGGACAAAUGGGUCAGGUUCUUGCAAAUUUCUUAUCAACACCAUUGGCAUCUGAAAUGUAUGGAGACCUUGUGGGGUGGCCUUACGUAGCUUUUGAUAUUGAUCCUCGAGUGGUUAAGAAUCAACGGAAAAUGGGAUUCCCAAUCCUAUACGGCGAUGGAUCGCGUCCAGCUGUUUUGCAAUCAGCUGGCAUUUCUACUCCAAAAGCUGUGAUGGUUAUGUAUACAGGAAAACAAAAGACCGUUGACUCUGUUCAAAGAAUUCGCCUUGCCUUCCCAGCGAUCCCAAUAUAUGCCAGAGCACAGGAUUCUGCGCAUCUCAUAGAAUUGAAGAAAGCAGGUGCAACAGACGCCAUUCUCGAAAAUGCAGAGACCAGUCUCCAACUGGGAUCUAAAUUAUUGAAAGGGCUCGGCAUCAUGUCAGAUGACGUGAACUUUUUGAGUAACAUUGUUCGAGAUUCCAUGGAACUUCAAGCUCAAGACGAUUUGAGCCGAGAUGUUGACCGAGAAUUUGGUGUCAUGAAGCCUAUACAGGUAAGAGUUACGGACUUGAUGGGUUCCAGAACAACUAACUCAUCAAUCCCGCUUAAAAAAGGAACACAGAAGCAGCAGAACCAAGAACAGACGGAGACAGAGCCACCUUACAUUUCAGAUGAACCAUCAGACAUACGGGCCAUGUCUGGUCUAACUUACCCUAAAUCUAUUACAGAUGUAUCUGAGGAUGCUGAAGAUGGAAAAGGUGUAACAUACUGUGAGUUGGAUGUAGAUGACGGUGCGUCUAACAAAGAUAAAGAAGAAAAUAAAAUACCAACCACAAUUGAUCGAUCUUAGGAUCUUUGUUGUAUUUUUCCAGUAAACAAAAUUAUUUGGUACAUAAAUGUUUUUGUUUUACAGGGCUAUCAACAGUUUUAGGAAGAUCCUAAAUGAGUUUAUUUUGUUGUUUCUGUAGUAAAUGGGCACCGGAAUGAGUUUAUUUUGUUUCUGUUGUAAAUGGGCACCGGAAGUUGCUGAUAGAGUUUGUAACUUGGACGUGGCCAUACAUUUGUACAUUCUUCUGUAUAUUUAUUGAUGAAAUAAAUUAACUGAUCCGAUCAUUUGCAUUUUUA